AUGAGAGUCGUUGUAGAAGAGUAUAACCCUGAGUGGGCGCUCCAGUUCCAGCAAAUCAAGAGAGAGUUGCAGGACGUCCUCAGAGAAGUCAAGUACAUCGGCAUCGAGCAUGUGGGCAGCACGUCUGUUCCAGGAUUGGCCGCCAAACCCGUCAUCGACGUCUCUAUCAUCAGCAGCGGAGCCGACGUGAACGCUGCCAUCCACGCAUUGACGUCAAAAGGGGGAUAUGUCUACAGAGGGGAAAUGGGCAUCCCGGAUCGUCAUGCCUUUGAAAAACCCGGAGCUUCCCCAGCGAGGCAUCUCUAUGUCUCUGUGGAGGGGUGCCAGUCCAUCAGGAAUCAACUGGGGGUGAGGGAUAUUUGUCGCAAAAACCCCGCAGUUCGAGACGCCUAUGGCCGGAAGAAGCUCGAGCUAUCCCAGCGAGACUGGAGAGACGGCGAUCAGUAUUGCGAGGCCAAAAACGAUAUUCUAGCCUGGGUACUGGGAAAGGCCGAAAUGAGCAGCGAUGAGAGGGAGCAGGUGAGGCAACUGAACACGACGGCGACGUCCUAG